UGGGAUUCAAGUUUGGUUGAUGAAAAUGUCGCAGCACGUAGGAGGAGUUCCAUCAUGCCUCUUCCUCUUCGUAAUCUUCUUUCUUGUUGGUACCUAUUGUCAACAAGAAACUUCUCAGGCACGAUACAAGUUCUCACAACUCAUACCAACUAACUCGGUUUACGAACAUCGAGAAAGUGAUGUGCCUUCGGAAUGGAAGAAAAAAAAUGAUACAUCAUCGUUGCUUCGUUCGUUGGAAGAAAAUAACGUCAUGGAUACGUCACGGUUGAAUUCAAAAGAGAAUAUUGAAGAAAUAGAAGAAAAUGAGGAAGAAGGAGAAAGAGAAGAAGAAGAAGAAAAAGAUGAUGAUGUAGCUGAUGAAUGUGAUUACGAAACUUAUGCUAAAUCGGAAAUUCCUGAUCGAAUUAAAGACACAUCGAAAUGUAAGCAACCGAUACGCGAACAUAAUCCACUUCCAAAUAUCGAUAAUCUUCAUAAUUCCAAGAAUCAGGAAUACGUCGAAGAUCAUUCGACGAAUCAAUAUGAUUCAUAUUAUUAUGAGGAUUAUGAUAACAAUAAUCGAUCGCAAUACAAAACCAUAGACGCAGAAACUGUUGAUUAUGCGGAAUUCGAAACGCACGAUGAUACAACUACCGAAAAAUCCUCGGCAGGAUUAAAUAAUCAUCAUGAUCAAGUUGAUCAUUCUUAUUCCGAAGAAGAAUAUUUAUACGAGGAUAAAGAAGAAGAUGACGAUGAUGAUUCGAUUUCUACGACAAACAAAGAUGUUAAAGAAGUUUCUUCGAUGGAGGGUAGCAAGAAAAAUUAUGCUUUUGCAGAACCACCGAAAGGAUCAUCCUUAUUGCAGGAUGAUGAUGAAUUAGAAAGUCCGAUUUUGAUCGGUGAAGCUGUUGUAUCCGUAGUGACAACAAAAAGUGUAGUUAAUGGAACGAUUUCUGUACCAACGAGUACACCAACACCAAUGACUACCGAACAAGUAGCACCACCACCUUCGUUGACGAAAGACAAAUCUAACGAUGAUCGAUUAUUACAAAGUACUACGACUGAAGAUUCCAGAGUAUUGGCAUUUGUACCAACCAGUCGUAGCAUAUUCGGUGCACGUGUUCUAUCAUUUCCGGUGGUAGAUCAAGUCAUAAGAAUAAACAACGAUGCUGCACCUGUGACUCCGAUAAAAAAGACAUUUCCACCUCCAGAAUCAACGGAAAGCAUCAUCGAUAAACUUGACAGAGUGCAAUCUGAAUUAUCAAGUGGUUUUCUCGUUGGUGGCUUUAGGACAGCUGGCAAUGCAUUGCAGUUGGAUGUUUUAAAUGACAGAGAUCGUACCAAUCGUCGUAAAUAUGUUACAUCUACGAGUAAUAUCAAUAGUACUACUACUAGUAAAAUUCCUAUUAUUAGUAAAUUUGUACCUAGAAGAUACAACGACAAGAGAUUUGAUCGUACGAACGUCAAUAAUUCUGAAGGAUUUUUAAAUGAUUCGGAUUCCAAUGGGAUGACUGCUAGCACGGCACGAACGAAGAUAGCUUUCAAAUGGCCAUCUGGAAAAACAACGACACCAUUAAAUUCCGACGACAUAAAAUCUACGACUCAGGCCAGCAUAGCUUCAACUAAAAAAAUUAACACACAAAUCAUCUUUCAAGAUGUCAAAUCUUUCCUACCACCUGGAUUUAAAUUGUCCAAAGAAGAUAAACAGGAAGUAACAGAGCGUAGUGUUUUAAGUGAUAUCUUUGCUAAAUCAAAGAUCGAUGUUUCCAAACUUUUACCACCUGAUUAUAACAAAAAGAAGAACAAUGAUGUAUUAACGACACAAGUAACAACACCGAUUGUCGAUUCAUCGAAUAAUUUUACUACAGAAAAAAUUUCCAUUCAAAAUCUCUUUGCCAAUGCAAAGUUCGACGUGGCUGCUUUGUUACCACGUGAUUACAAAGAAAAAGCAACAAAUUCAUCAGAGACCAAGGGAAGUGAAACUGUUGAUUCCAAUAAUGACAAUUCUACUUCAACCAGCUCUGAACCGACCACAGUUAAAGCUGCUGGUGGCUUGAAAAUUGUUUUUCCUAGCAGACCAGGUGGACGAAAACAUGGUCAUAAAAUUACAACUCCUCAAAGUCAUCGAGUCGAUGGACUUCCUGCGAUUACUCCGCGUAUACAGAAAGGAUGGCCAACUAGAGCUACCACUGAAUUUACUGGCUGGCCAACUCCAUCAACAACACCAAUUUCAAUCGAAAAACUCUUGGAAGUUGCAAGAACUGCAACAGACACAUCUGUGAACAUGUCAGUCGUCGAAACUACAAGUGCAGUUUCGAUAACGUCUACGACAACUACAACAACUACGACACCCAGAUCAACGACUAUUGGAAUAUGCGAGGAAGAGUGUGAAGUUGCUGGUACCAUACGAAUAAUUGGUAAUACAACUUGGGUCCCUGAAUUACUGGAUCGUAACACUCAAGAAUGGCAGCAACUUGCUAACGAAAUUGAAAGAGAUAUGAAUUUCGUUUUUUCAAAGUCUACCGUUUUAAUGAAUUGGUACAAGAAGAUAAGAAUCGAUUCGUUCAGUCCAGGUAGUAUCUUAGUUGACUUUUUCAUUGAACUCAUAAACCUACCUCAAAGAAUCAAUACGCAAGAAUUGAAAGUCAUAUUUCAUGAUUCUUUGAGAACGUAUAAUUCGAGUCGUUGGAAUGAGACUAAAAUGAAAGGAGAUAUGAAGUUAGGUGCAUUUACGAUUGAUCCUAAAUCUACUGAUUUUGUAGUAAUACCUAAAGUUCCUUUCUCUAAUAUUAUUGAAAACGAGGAUAGAUUAAUACCUCAGUGGGCAGUUGUUAUGAUAGUCAUUGGUAUUGGAGGAUUAUUAUUCAUUAUUAUUUUCGGCGUUUCUGUGUUGGUAAAUCGUCAAAAUGGUUCAAAAUUGAAACCCACUGUGUCUACCAUUUAUGAAGAUGGAAUUAGGAAAAAUAUACUGGGAGGUUCGCAUGCAACCUCGUUGAACAGAUCUAACGAUUACCCAAAACAAGUACAUACUAUAUGGACUGAUCCAGAUGUAUCGUGGAAUGAUAAAUCAUUUGAAUCUGCAUCUAGCAAGGUAUUAGUCGAUAGAUCAUUUCAAGAAGGUAAGAAAUAUAAUCUUCACGACAGUUGGCGAUCUGAAUGGAACGGAUAUUAUUCAAAUCCAUCACACGGAAAUAGUAAAUAUAGCUAUAAUAAUAAUAAUCAUCACCAUCAUCAUCAUCAACAACAACAACAUCCAGAUUAUGAUACGAAUUUUUAACAUUGAUAACACUAAAUUGUUAUCUCUGUAAUUUGUAAGUUAAUUUAUUCGCAUAUGUGUACAGUAAGUAUUUAAAAUCGUAUACCGUUAAUUAUAAUAAAUUUAAUACUCAUUAAAGUAAGGAUAAUACAAAAUACAUUUAUUU